AUGCCGACAUAUGCCAAGUUCAUGGAUGAGAUUCUAUCAAACAAAAUGAAAACCGGCGGUGAAACAGUGAUGCUUACCGAAGAGUGUAGUGCUAUUCUAAAGAGGAGGCUGCCACCUAAGCUCAAGGAUCUUGAAAGCUUCUCUAUUCCUUGCGCUAUUGGGGAUAGAACAUUUUGGAAAACCCUGUGUGAUUUUGGGGCUAGUGUGAGUCUUAUGCCCUUUUCCAUAUACAAAAGAUUAGACAUUGGAAGCAUCAAAGACACACAACUAAUGUUACAUUUUAAGGAUCGCUCAAUGAAACACCCAUAUGGGGUGGUAGAAGAUGUGUUGGUCAAAGUAGAUAUGUUCAUUUUUCGAGUGGAUUUUGUGGUACUAGACAUGGAGGAAGAUAAUGAUAUCCCCUUAAUCUUUGGGAGACCAUUCUUAGCAACAGAGAGAGUUAUGAUUGAUGUGGCAGAUGACACCUUAACCUUUAAGGUAAAUGAGGAAACAUUUACGUUCAAUAUUCUAAAAGCCAUAGAGCAUUCCAACGAAAGAGAAGGGUGCAACCGAAUUGAGUUUUUCAAUUCGAUAGUCGAUGAAGAAGUUGAACAUCAAAGACCCAUUAUUCUGUUAGAAAGAGUUUUAUGCCUACCCCAAGAUGUUGUUAAAUAUAGUGAACAUCCAAGAGUAAAAGAUGUUUUAUUCAUUUACAACAACUUCAUAAAAGUUGUAGCUAUGGAUCGUAGCUUUCAUUUUCACUUAGUUUGA